AUUUGACCCCUUUUCUUAUAAGAAUCUCAAGAAUCUCUUCAGAAGCACUGAUGACAUUGAUCCCAGUAAGGACAUCACCUCUGCCCUUGGUACCACAACUCUGUAUGGGGUUGCCCAGCUACUCUUCUUUUUAGUCGCAGUCCCAAUUUUACUCCGUCAGAAAGCAGCCCUCCCCUCCCUUCCCUUAUGAGGUCUCAGGCAGUGGUGGCAGAUUUUUCCUGAAGAGUCUUUUUCCUGUGUCUGCCUUGUUAUUGGAACCAAUGCCAGCUGGUAGGGUCCCUGAGCCCCUUGCGAUAUCACCACCAAGAGCCUGAUAACUGAGCAGGGUGGAUCCUGUCCCUGGAACUGCUGCACCCGUUAAUUCUCCCUUGUUGCAACUCUGUGUACCAAGAACCCCUAGCAUCAGCCUCAUUCCUAAGCCAAUAAUGCCUAUAUGGAGCUGGUCUCACCUUCUGGUGCCCAUGGCCGUUGGCAUUGCCAGCCUCAUUCCAUGCCACUAUGAGUCAACUCAGGAAAACUGCGAGUGCAUUUGAGGCUUAGGGGUAGUCAUUCCAUCUUUAGAUUAUCCUUGGACUUCAGCUACCAGCACAGCAUGCAUUAGCCUUGGUCCUGUAGGUUAACUGAAGUUCAAACAUCAGUGCCAGCUUGCCUCCAUCCUUUUCACAUCUUAUGCAGGCCAAUUGACAUAUAAUUUGUUCUUAAAAAUAGGGGCAUGAAAUAUGUGAUCUGGAAAAGAUUGUACUUUCUGGACUCUUUUCCCACUCUUGCCUCUUUGUGCUGCUGUUUCGUAUCCUCUUCACACCGUGUAUUUCCCACCCACUCAAGGUCACAGCCUACUAAUUCCUCAGACUUCUCUCCCUGGACUAGGAGAAGGGCUAAAGAAUGUCAGUAAGUAAAAGAGCUUUCGUCCAAUCCCAAGGCAUAUGUUACGCCCAAAAAAGACAAAUUGUGUCUGGGGUAGAGAAAAAAGGCCUAAGGAAAUUGCUUCUUGGCCUUUUGGCUAAGAUCAAGUGGAGAAAAAGACCUGUAGGAGAAAAAGAAGACCAGUGCUCACAAGUGGGGCAAGCCUGGCUUGGAGAGUAGGAGUCCUGGACAACUGUGGAGCUGGGGCAGAGGCUUCCCGGAGCCUUAUGAUUAUGACUUUGUCAGUGCUCUAAAAUUUCCCUAGAGAUUGAUUCCCUGGGUGCCCAAAAUAGGUCCCUGGCAUUCGGGUCCUUUCUGCCCAGCUCACCUUCUCCCAAUUUCCUAACAAAUUUGAGUCCUUGGAGUGGCUCCAGGGAUGUGUUCACAGACCAGAAUCCCACAUUUCCUCGGGGGCAUGCUCAUAGGUAGGUCCAGGCCUUGGCACAACAGUCAUUUCUAGCCUCUUGAGCUUCUUUUCCUAGGGUGAUAUAAGAAAAGGCCAGGCAAGAACAAAAAUGAGCCAGAGGUGUUGGACAAGAGGCUUGAUGUAGUCUCUGAAGCUGCUGUUCUGAAUCACAGUCUUGAGGAGGAGGACCAGGGUCACUGGCUGAGCCUGUGGAGGAGGCAACUGCUACUGACUCUAAGUCUGGCAAGAUCUUUCCUCCCACCCUGAGCUAUGUAUGGGUGCCUCUCACACAGGCAGAUUUAGAUUCUGUGUCACUGUCCUGGAAGAAGGGCCCAAGCCAGAGCAGGGCUCCCGGGCUGAGAGGAGCCUUCAGAGUGAGAGGGCAGCACCUUUGCUGGCCCACCUUUCACGGUAAGCAGUGGCGCUCACCCCUGCCCUUGCUCAAGGGAGUCACCCAUUCCUGAGUGAGUCAGGGUCACUCGCUCCGUGACAGCUGUGGCUCGCCUUACAUGAGCUAAAUUGGGAAUCGGAAUGUCAUGCAGAUGCCCCUUGUCUCCCCACCUCCACAGUAAAAUUAAUCUCCUCUCUGGGGAGUAAGGGACAAACGGUGCUACCCACAGAGUGAACAAGAGAGAGUCAUUUGGGAAACAAAAGGAGAAUUUUACAGGGAGAGAGGGAUAGCUAAAACUACGUGAGCCUGGCGAGGGUGCAGAGCAGAAAGUAGAGACAGAGAAGUGUCCGAAGACUGCUAUCUGGGACAAGACAGGUUGUUAAAGGGACAGGAGAGAUAGCAGAGCUAUUUCAAGAGUGAGCCACAGAAGGUAAUCCACAGGCCAUCUAAGCGAGGAAGGGUCUACAGGCAGUGAGUGAAGCCAGGAGCAGGGCCCAGGCUAGGGCAGGCACGACCACCGAGGGGAUGAACUUCACAGUGGGUUUCAAGCCGCUGCUAGGGGAUGCACACAGCAUGGACAACCUGGAGAAGCAGCUCAUCUGCCCCAUCUGCCUGGAGAUGUUCUCCAAACCAGUGGUGAUCCUGCCCUGCCAACACAACCUGUGCCGCAAGUGUGCCAACGACGUCUUCCAGGCCUCGAAUCCUCUGUGGCAGUCCCGGGGCUCCACCACUGUGUCUUCAGGAGGCCGUUUCCGCUGCCCAUCGUGCAGGCAUGAGGUUGUCCUGGACAGACAUGGUGUCUACGGCCUGCAGCGAAACCUGCUAGUGGAGAACAUUAUCGACAUUUACAAGCAGGAGUCGUCCAGGCCACUGCACUCCAAGGCUGAGCAGCACCUCAUGUGCGAGGAGCAUGAAGAGGAGAAGAUCAAUAUCUACUGCCUGAGCUGUGAGGUGCCCACCUGCUCUCUCUGCAAGGUCUUUGGUGCCCACAAGGACUGUGAGGUGGCUCCACUGCCCACCAUUUACAAACGCCAGAAGAGUGAGCUCAGCGAUGGCAUCGCGAUGCUGGUGGCAGGCAAUGACCGUGUGCAAGCAGUGAUCACGCAGAUGGAGGAGGUGUGCCAGACCAUCGAGGACAAUAGCCGGAGGCAGAAGCAGUUGUUAAACCAGAGGUUUGAGAGCCUGUGCGCAGUGCUGGAGGAGCGCAAGGGUGAGCUGCUGCAGGCGCUGGCCCGGGAGCAAGAGGAGAAGCUGCAGCGCGUCCGCGGCCUCAUCCGUCAGUAUGGCGACCACCUGGAGGCCUCCUCUAAGCUGGUGGAGACUGCCAUCCAGUCCAUGGAAGAGCCACAAAUGGCUCUCUACCUCCAGCAGGCCAAGGAGCUGAUCAAUAAGGUCGGGGCCAUGUCGAAGGUGGAGCUGGCAGGGCGGCCGGAGCCAGGCUAUGAGAGCAUGGAACAAUUCACCGUCAGCGUGGAGCACGUGGCCGAAAUGCUGCGGACCAUCGACUUCCAGCCAGGCGCUUCCGGGGAGGAAGAGGAGGUGGCCCCGGACGGAGACGAGGGCAGCGCGGGGCAGGAGGAAGAGCGGCCGGAUGGGCCUUAAGGCCUGCGCCGACCCGACCCUGCUCGAGAGCCCGCGCUGGAGUCGGGGAGGAUCUGCGCAGAGACCGCGGCAUCACCCAAAUCGGCGCCGGCCCCGGGAGGAUCUCAAUAAAGAACUCGAGCGUCCCAGACCCGUAUCUCCUUUCGUUGCCCAAUCCCGCAGCCUCGGCUUCGGAGGCGACCCGCCCACCAUCCUGCCCUUCCCAGAACCUGAGACCGUCUGGGGGGCGGAAGCCAAAUGAACCCCUAUUGGGCACCUCUGUGAUGCCAGGAGCGAACUGGUGAGCCCAGUGCCCUGGGAAGAGGGUCGAGGGCGGGGCAGUGGUGCCGGGACCUCUGAGGUCCUGGGGAUUUGGGGACCCCUGGGGUCCACAGGCACCUGGCUGACCUGGCUGAAAGUCGCUCUCUAGGAUCCCCCCACAGCAUUAUGUUCCCCUCCCGCUGGCCCGGGGGCCCCACCUUCCCACGGGUUCCCACGCUGCUGUGACUGCCCUGCCCCCACGACAGAAGCCAACGGGUCUUCAGUACUUUUAUUAAAAAAUAGUGACGCGG